AUACGCCUCGUUUCUAUGGAGACGCUGGGCGGAGCCCUGGAGGAGGACGCCGCGAGCUAACGGUGGGCGACGGUCAUGCAGAGACCAUUAACUGCAAAACACAAAGCGCUAAAUGAAAGCCGCACUUAAGCUUCAAAGCGCCAUUAAAUAUAACGUGAAGUACUCCUGGAAGGAUCUUGUAAACUGAAACCUCUCCAUGCUCCUAAAGCUGGCAUUUUCAUUCUUUUGUUAUGGCUGAUACCAGGCUGAUGCUUCAGGAUCCCCAGUGACGUACUGGCCUGCUGCUUUAGCUGGAGCCCCAGCUCAGUGCAGAGAUGCUGCAGACCAACAACUACUCACUGGUGCUGCUGAUCCAGCUGGUUCUGCUGGCCUAUGACCUCUUCGUCAACUCCUUUAGCGAGCUGCUGAGGGCCGCACCUGUCAUUCAGCUAGUGCUCUUCAUCAUCCAGGACAUCGCCAUCCUGUUCAAUGUGAUCAUCAUCCUGCUCAUGAUGUUCAACACGUACGUGUUCCAGGUGGGCUUGGUUUCACUGCUGCUGGAGCGCUUCCGGGCCCUGCUGCUGCUGUCUGCCCUCUACCUGAGCCUCAGCAUCUCCUUCCACUGCUGGAUCAUGAAUCUACGCUGGCUGGACUCAAAUCGCUUCGUUUGGACAGAUGGACUACAGGUGCUGUUUGUUUUCCAGCGACUGUUGGCUGUACUGUACUACUACUUCUACAAGCGCACCGCGGAGUACCUGGGCGACCCACGGCUCUACGAGGAUUCCACCUGGCUACGAGACGCCUUCGCUCGAGCACGACAGUGAGGAUCGCCAGGCCUAGAGGAGGAGGGAGUGGGCAGAGACUUUCUUAUGGGCCGAGCUGAGCCAAAACUGAAUGUGGAUACAGGGAGGACGAAGAACACUGACCAAGCUAGCGUGCCCUGACACACUGCCAAAAUGGACACCGCUGAGUACGUGAAGCAGACUGAAAAAAGGAAAAGGAUAGAUUCGUACCCGACAAACAAAAUCGGUGACACACUUUCAUGGGAGGAGGUUAAGUUGUUAAAUGCUGGUUUGAGUAAAAUCAGUCUCUUUCAGAGCACGAUUGUUGACACUAUUUAAUCCCUUUUGUUUUUUGUCUCUGAUGACAUGCUCAAAGAGAGGAAAUGAAACCCUAAGAUGCCCCCAAAACUGAACUCUAUCUGAAGGUGAAAUUUUAGGCACCUUUUUUUUUUUUGGAGAUGCUUGUUUUCAGUUCAAUGUUUAGAUAUGGACAGUAAACUAGCAGUGUGGCCCGGUAAAUAUAUUUUUAUAUAUUUUUAGAAAGAGUUUGAAUUUUUCUUGGCUGUAGAAAACAGUCAAUGUUAGCACAAAAUACACACGUUCUUUUAUGGAAUCACAGUCUACUUGUGUAUGUUUAAGUAAGAGGGCUUUCAGACAUGUUAGCUGUAAUAAUAACUACAUAUGACCAUUCAACAGAACUGGUUUUAUGGGCUUAAAUUAUUUGGCCUGUACUGCCUCAUCAUUUUGUUUUGCUUUAAUCUAUAUUAAUGUAGUGUGCUGUGAACAGACGCAUCCAGUAAUACUGUUACUGGCUUCUAAUGCAGACACAUGCAGUGUCAUAUGUAAACAUAAUUACACCUUACACAGGGACCAUAUGGAAACCAUAUUUCCAGUGUGGAUAUAGGAGCAUAAACCUCAGGGUGAUCUGCACUUUACUUAGUGGAUCUGUUAACUCAUGCCAGCUGACAAAGGUAUCAAGAAGUGUUUCUCUCGGGAAGAUCCCCGAAGAACAGCAAAGGAAACAUUGCUGAUGUCAGCAUAUGUUCCCAAUGGGAAUAUUUUGUGAUACUGUGUAUAGACUCCGCUGAUUCCCAAACCCACAGUACUAGAAAGCCACAGACUCUUAAAGGUACAUUACUGGAGAGCUGUACCUCUAGAUCCUAUAACUUCUGUCUAUAAUAAAACUUGAAACCUGA